AGACCGAAGUAAGAGUAGUUCAGUUCAGAAUUCAGAUUGUUCAAAUCUUAUGAUAUUCAUAUAUUAAUCUACUUCAAUAUUUUAUUACCAAGGAUCAUUGCUGAGCAUACACAAUCCUACCUUAAAAUGCUUGGAGCUGUAGCAGCUUCCACAACACUAUGCUUUUCACAAUCCACAAAAAUUGUUCUUCUCAAAAGAAUCUCAAAUUCAACACUGCCAUUGAGCCAUGGCCACUCUUUCUCACUCCCAUCACCUACCCAUCUGCAUUUCUCUUCUCACAAGAUCACUAGAAGACAACCCCAUUUUCUUCCACAAGCUGCUUCAUCUUCUGCUGCAAGUGCUGAAUACGUGGAGGAACCAGCAACAAAUGUGAAAUUCCAGACAUGUUUGAGUGUUCCGGGUUGCUCAAAUUCAUUAACUUUGUUUGGAACUGGAUACAGAGAGAAAGUUUUUGCGAUUAUUGGUGUCAAGGUCUACGCUGCAGGUUUGUAUCUAGAUCAAUCUAUCACCAGUGAGUUGAAUACUUGGAAAGGGCAAUCAAAAGAAGCUAUUCAAGGGAAUUCUUCCUUGUUCAAGACCAUUUUCCAAUCUUCCUUUGAGAAAUCAUUACAAAUUAUCCUUGUCAGAGAUGUUGAUGGUAAAACCUUUUGGGAUGCCUUAAGUGAAGCCAUAUCACCAAGAAUUCCAGAACCUACAACUGCAGAUGAAACUGCUUUGAGCACUUUCCGUAGUGUCUUUCAAGAUCGCCCUCUUAAGAAAGGAACUUUAAUAAUCUUGACUUGGUUGAACCCUGCAAGAUUGCUUGUUUCUGUCUCCUCACAAGGGCUUCCAUCUACUGUGGAUGCUACAAUUGAAUCUGCAAAUGUGGCUUCUGCUCUUUUCAAUGUAUUCCUUGGUGAUAGUCCUGUUUCUCCUUCCUUGAAAGGUUCAGUGGCUGAAGGUUUGUCAAAAGUACUCAAAUAAAAAGGUUUAGUGUCUGUUGAUGUAAUGGUUCAGUCUUUAAAUGUUUUGCUGUGGCCUAUAUUCUCUUGAUGUCUAUGUAAGCAUGCUACAAUUGGAAGCUGUUAUUUAGUUCCAGUGUUUAUUUCUAGUGAUAUAAAAUAUUUGAUUUGGUCACUAUACUUUGACCAUUUCUGAUAUACUAUUUCUCCUAGAAGGAAAAACAUUAUUAGAAUCA